AAAAGAAAUUCCCCAGAAGCGAAUAGAAAUCUGCCCCCCCACAACAGCACUGAAGAACUCGGGGCCGAGAAGAAAAAAAAAAUCAGAGAGCAGAAGCUCGAGCUCAGCAGAAAUCCGAGCCCAAGCCAGCGGACAGGAGAUCGAGGCGGCGAUUCCGGCCUCCCCGCGCCUGCCCAGGUGUUAGCUGACUGAUCUAGAAGGGGAAAGGGGCCAGCAUGGGUAUUUCAUCAAAGUGGAUUAAAUCACUUGUUGGGAUCAAAAAGCAUGGAAAGACUGAAAAUGCCGAAAGCAGCAAAGAGAGGUGCUCUUCUGAUCAGUUGCUACACAAACGGAAGCAUUCCAUGGAUACUGAGGGCGCCCUUGCUAUCGCAGAACUCACAGGGCAAACUGAACCAUUGGCUAGUGACAUCAAUACACAGCCAAUAUUACAUACCAACUCCUCACCCAGCAUGCAUCUUCAAGAUUCUCACUCUGAACUAGAUACAGAGGAGCAUCAGGCUGCAACAGUUAUUCAGUCAGCCUUUCGAUCAUUCUUGGCUAGGCGGGCAUUACGGGCAUUAAAGGGAUUAGUUAGGCUCCAGGCUCUCGUUAGGGGUCAUGCUGUACGGAAGCAAGCAGCAGAAACACUUCAGUGUAUGGAAGCACUGGUAAAGGCUCAAGCUCGUGUCAGAGCAAGACAAGUCCGUGUUUCUUUAGAAAAUCAAGUGACCCAGAAUAAGGCUCCUGAACAAAAUCUUCACGACGAUCAUGCUCGAGAAAUUGAGGAACGCUGGUGUGACGGCAUUGGCUCAGUGGAAGAAAUGAAAGCUAAAGCAUUGAAGAGGCAAGAAGCUGCCGCUAAGCGGGAAAGAGCAAUGGCAUAUGCUUUGACACAUCAGCGGCAAGCAGGUUCCAGGAAACAGAAAGCAGCAACUGUCCAGGGGCUUGAGGAGGAUGAAAACCAAUGGGGGCGGAACUGGCUAGAGAGGUGGAUGGCUGCACGCCCGUGGGAGAACAGGUUACUCGACAGUAAUGCCAAAGAGAGUAUCCCAAUUGGUGACGACAAGCAGGCUGAGGAAAAUGAGGCCAACAAUGUAAUCAGACCGAAAGGAAAAGUCCCUGUUUCGAGCAUUCACUCCAGUGGUUCAAGCCAGAAGAAAGGUGCAACACACAAGAAGUCACAUUCUGAUGUAAGUGGCUCUUCAUCAGGGCAAUCUGCGACUGUGCUACCCACUACUUCUUUGGGAUCAUCCAAGCUAAAACCGAAGCCAUUGGAUCAGACCUCUGAGGAAGUCAACUCUGAACCUUCAAAUCUGGUUUCCCGUUCCACAAGCAAUCCGAAAGAAAGGCCUGCACAAGUUAAUGCACCAAUCAAGAAGCGACUAUCCCUUCCGAACAAUGCAGCAACUGCUGGCCGGGGAAUAGGAAAAGGCCCAGUCAACAGCAGUCAGAGGUCCAUCAGUUCCAAGAACACUGCGAAAGGAGCAUCCAAACAGCGACCAAACCCUGCUAGCACGACCGUGAAGCGAGUCCAGGCACAGGCCUGAGAAUCCAGUCACUCCCAUUUCAUUCUCAGACUUUUCUUGGUAUGGCAAUGCCCUUUGUCAUGUGUGUUGUUGAAUCUGUGUAUAUAAACCAAGCAAUAAAUCCCGCAUCUAGAUUUCUGCCAUGUUUCAUGCUCAGGUCGUGUGAUAUUACCAUCUUGUUAUAACAUUUUCUCACGGUUCUGUUAUCUACCGUUCUGUGUGUUAUCUUCCAGCUACUCCACCCAAACAACUGAAGAGGCAAGUGCUUGUAUGCGCAAGAGCUGUGUACAUUCUUGUACAUUCUUCAGUAUAAGAAAACCAUGCUUUGCUAUUUCAUCAUGACAUGCUCUUCAGCAUCAAUGGUGUUUUGUUUUCGAAAAGAUCAAUGGUGGUUUUUUUCCCCGAAAAGAUCAAUGGUGGUUUGGUACUAUGGAAGUAUGGGUAUCUCCACAUAUAUGUAAUUUGCUCUCUGCUUUCAUGGAAAGUUCCCCCAGAUUCUUCUCAAGAAAUUGUAUAAGCGCAAUGUGUUA